UCACAAUCAGUUGCUUAGUCCAACACGCCUACCUAGUCGCUAUAUCCUCCCGAUCAUCUCAACCUCGACUACGAAGCCCAAGUUCACGCAUCGGUAUGAUAUCACUGGUGUCGCCGUGCCCUGAGUCACGCAAUGGAGCGAUUCAGGCGGAAGAACAGUCCCAAAGCAGAGGCUUCCUCGAGCUCUGAAAGAAGUCGCAGUCGCUUCAAAUUCUGGCGGAAGGAUAAGCGCAGCGAGGAGGCCUCCAUCAGCCCCGAAAGGAGUCACAGUCACUGGAAUUUUGGGCGACAGGACCGGCCCGGCGGGGAUGCCUCCUCGAGCUCUGAGAGGAGUUCCAGCCGCGGGAGGCUCUCGCACAGACAAGAGCGGGUCGGCUCAAGCAGCGUUCAACCUGCCAGCCUUGGCCACGAGCUGGGCAGUGAGGUCACCAUUACCGGACGCCCCCGUUCGUCCCAAGUUGUCGACGAAGCCAGAUCGCCGAGUAUUCCAGCAGGUGCUCACGAGCCAGCAGCAACAGAGGCCAAGCCAAUAGUACCUUCCGGGCCGUGUGUGACGAACGCUAAUGCGGCGAGCUCAACAUCUUUGUGGGAUCAUGCCUAUGAAGCCCUCCGGAAAGAGAAGCCGGAAGUCGUGCAGGACUACGAGGAAUUGCUGCUCAAGGUAGCGCCCUACCUAGCGAAUACACAUCCCACGACCGACCUGAACGACGUCCUCUUUAAGGCGUCCAACGAUCUGGCCAACGCAGCCCCCAAUUCCGGCGCCAAGACAGUAGAACCCGGACCGCAAAGCGGCGUGGAUCGACAAAAGAUGAUGGCGGACGUCAUCGACUCGGGCCAGAAACACAUGGAAGAGAAGCAAAUCGCCUUCAAGAUCGGGCAGCAGAAGUUCGUGCUUCAAGAUCAAGUGGAGCAUGUCGUCGCUGGAAUCCAGCUGGGAAAGGAUUGGAUUGAUGGCGCGGUGCAGGCCAGUCCGCUGGCAGGCGCUGCUUGGGCCGGCGUUUGCUUGCUUCUUCCCCUCCUGACCAACCCGGGCGAAGUGCAAGCAGCCAACAAACAGGGCCUCGCAUACGUCAGCCAAAAAAUCAGUUACUAUACUUCCAUGGAGCCGCUCAUACUGCAUGCCGAGGACCCCACAGACGCGAGGUGGGAUCAUCUCCGAAGCCGCCUCCUCGGGCUCUAUCAGGCUAUCAUCGAUUUCCAAGCCCAGAGUGUCUUGCGCUUCUUCAGGCGCAGGUUCGCCAACUUCUUGAGAGAGGUGGUGAAAUACGAUCCAUGGGAGGACAUGCUCGAAAAGAUCAAAGUUUUGGGGCGUGAUGUCGAAAGCGAGUCGAUGCAGAUCAACAUCGCCGUGAGCAGAGAAGCACUGGGCAAGCUCGUUCAGUGGGCGAGAGAGUCGGAGGAGGACGAGUGCUUGCAGAGCUUUCGGCGUGGGGACUACGCUUGGUACAAGGACCGCAUUGAAUUGCGCGUGCCGGAUACGUGUCUUUGGUUCCUGAACCACGAAAGCUACCAGUCCUGGUUGGCGGACGAUUCUGGCCCACUGCUGGUUUCGGCCGAUCCAGGGUGUGGCAAGUCCGUCCUCGCCAGAUACCUCAUCGACUCCAGGCUCGGCUUUACGUUGCCCAAGGAUGCCGCCAUAUGCUACUUCUUCUUCAAAGAUCAGGACCAGAACACAAUCGAGCUGGCACUUUGUGCGCUGAUCCAUCAGCUGCUUUGCUUGCGCCCGAAAUUGAUGCACCAUGCCCUGCCGAGGUACAAGCAGGACGGGGCUGGGCUUGCCAACAACGUCACUGCGCUCUGGGAUAUUCUGAAAAGCGCCACUGCAGAUCCCGAAGCCGGAACUGUUGUCAUUGUCCUCGACGCCCUGGACGAGUGCCUUCAGGAUGAGCGCAACAUGCAGACCUUGUCGCGAUACAUCCACGACCACUUCGAGAAACGCCGAGGAAACCUGAAGAUCCUCAUGACCAGUCGGCCCUAUGAGGGUACGGUCCAGCACAUUCAGGACCUCGAGAAGGCAUUUCCCAACAUCCGCAUCAAAGGAGAGGAUGAGUCCGAAACCAUUCGCGAAGAGAUCAAUUCGGUCAUCGAGCACCGGGUUCACCAGAUGGACAAGUUUAGUGACGACCUCAAGGCACACCUCAGAACUCGCCUCACGAGUAUCACUCACCGCACAUACCUCUGGCUGUACCUCGUAUUCGAACACCUGAAGGGCCCCGAUGUCAAACAGACUGCUCGAGGACUCGAUAGAUCGCUCCUCGAAGAUCUGCCCAAGACGGUGGAUGAGGCGUACGAGGGGAUCCUGAGCCGAUCCAAGGCGCCACAGGUGACCCGAAAGGCCAUCCUCAUCCUCCUCGGCGCAUACCGCCCGCUCAAUCUUCGCGAAGUGCAGAUCGCACUCGAGCUGGCCCCCGACACUGUCUGUCCGGGAAGCCUCGAUCUGGAACCCGACCAAGCGUUCAAGAGGCGUCUCCGAGAGUGCUGUGGGCUGUUCGUCACGGUGCACGACGACAAAGUCUACUUCCUUCACCAGACGGCGAGGGAGUUUCUCCUCCCUCUCGCUGCGUCCUCGCCUGGUCCCGCUGCUCCCCCAAUAUGGGCGCACACGUUCAGCAUCCGCCAAGCACACACAGUUCUUGCCGAGUCCUGCACCGUCUAUCUUGACCGCCUCAAUCACCAGGCGGAUGCGGACCCGACAGCCGACUUGCUAGAUUACUCGGCCGAAAACUGGGGUGCCCAUUUCCGCGAAGCUGGUAUCGUCGAUGAUGCUGCGGUUAUACCUUUCGCCUUGCGCAUCUGUGAUCCGAAAUCUGAAAGCUAUUCAAAGUGGUCCGAUAUAUAUUGGAUUUCUUUGCACUGGCUCCCCCCCAAAUCGACUACAAAUCUUACAUUGCCGUCCCAUUUUGGCCAUGAUUCCGCCGUCAAACUGCUGCUAAGCACAGGAAAAGUCGAUAUCGAUUCCGGGGAUAACAGGGGCCAAACGCCGUUGUCAUGGGCUGCCGAAAGCGGGCACGAAGCGGUUGUCAAAUUGCUUUUCGAUACUGGCGAAGUCGAUAUCAAUUCCAGCGAUAACGCGGGCCAAACGCCGUUGUUAUUGGCUGCUCGUUGCGGGCACGAGGCGGUUGUUAAAUUCCUUCUCAAUACGGGCAAAAUCGAUAUCAAUUCCAGGGAUAACGGGGGCCAAACACCGUUGUCAUGUGCUGUCGAAAACGGGCACGAAGCGGUUGUUAAAUUGCUUCUCGAUACGGGCAAUGUCGAUAUCCAUUCCAGGAAUAACAAAGGUCAAACGCCGUUGUCAUUGGCUGCUUAUUACGGGCGCGAAGCGGUUGUUAAAUUGCUUCUCGAUACGGGCAAAGUCGAUGUCGAUUCCAGGGAUAACAAAGGCCAAACGCCGCUGUUAUUGGCUGCUAAAAACAAGCUCGAAGCGGUCGUUAAAUUGCUUCUCGAUACGGGCAAAGUCGAUGUUGAUUCCAGGAAUAACAGAGGCCAAACGCCGUUGUUAUUGGCUGCUUAUUACGGGUACGAAGCAGUUGUUAAAUUGCUUCUCGAUACGGGCAAAGCCGACAUCGAUUCCAGGGAUAAAAGAGGCCGAACGCCGUUGUCAUGGGCUAUCGAAUGCGGGCACGAAGCUGUUGUUAAAUUGCUUCAAGGACAGAGGAGCUUCGCUUCCUGAUUUUAUUUCCGACGUUGUUUCUUCUUCUUCUUGUAGCGCUGGUUAGCAAUUGCUUCAUUCAUUGCAUUUCUGGCUAGUUUCUGUACGGCGUUUUCAGCUUUAUUAUCUGUCAUGGGAGCACUCAAGUAGUCCCCAAUUUGACAGCCGGCUGCUACAUGAUCUUUUUCUUAACCUGCCGUAGAAGGAUUCGAUUUGCCGCCCCCCCGCCCCGAACCCAGCCGCUCCAGCGAAUGUGGGACAAGCCGUCUUACUUGUGACAGGCCUCGCUGGCCAGGUAAAGGCAGUAGCUAGCGGGAAGAGGGCGGCUGACCAUUAAAAAGAGUGGACGGGAUACUGAAUAUCCCAGUGGAUAUGAUUGUACGUGGAAGCCACGACGGUAAAGUUGUGCCCGACCACUUGCCUGGGGCUGCCGCAACACUUGACAACGAACCGCCCGUGGGCGCUUGACGCUGCCUUUUGGUCGGGACCGUGAGAUGUGGAGGCUUGCAUUAUAUGGGUUUGAGUGGUGAGAUAUUCGAGACACUCUGUACUAUCUGUCUUAUCUCUCCACCGGUUGUGUUCUUGCAUUGUCAGCGACAGCAUGCUGGGACUUGGGUGUAUGGAUGGGGGCCCUUUGGGGCUGCAAGAACGAUUCAUAGUGUGAGAGGAACACCAAAAAGUAACGGCCGGCACAAGAACAACAUGGAUAAAUAUACCACUAGAGUAUUCACCGCUAGCACAGAGAGCGUCAGACGCUUAAAAUGAGUAGCAGGGAGUAGCAAGCAAG